AACCACGCGGUCGUAUGUGACUCCUACUGGCAUUAAUCGUAAAUACAUUAAAUCAGUACCUCUUUCUCUCUCUCUGAAGGGAAGCGGAGGAUGAGGCUGGCCGACUUCCUCCAGUGCGGUUGCGGAGCUCCGUGGCCCGAGAAGGCGCUGCCUGAGACCCGGGCGGCAGGCGCCCCGAUCGGACUCCCCGCCGCUCCCCGUGAAGAACGCCGCCGCCGCCGACGCCGCGGUGGGGAAGCCGGGAACGACGCCACGACGAUGUGGAGGCCGUCACUCGCGGCGAUAUCCGAGAACUGCUCCGCGGCGGCGCGGGACGGCAAGACGACCGCCGGCAGGGCGGCCAAGGCAAAGGGCGGCGUCUCCCGUCGGGUUCUUCCUCGCGCUAACAGCGACGAUCACCGGUACAAAGAUGUUUCUUCGGUUGUGCCAGCAUUUGUUCCCGCAGCAUAUUUGUUCUAGUGCCCAAGUCAAUGUACAAAUUACCAUGAAAAAGAAGGAAAAGGAAGAUGAUGGAAGAUAAGAAGAUGAUGAAUGCUCUAUGCUUGGUAAUUACUUAUUCCUAUUGGGGGGAUGUAUAUUUUCUUCUUUCAUACUCUUCUCCACACAAAAGCUAAGCAUGAAGCAAAACCUGUUGAUAUCAGAACAUCACCAACUUCAGUGUUGCAGAAAUCUGAAAGUUUUCCAACUCUCAACUUCUUAAGCAGUCCAAAGAUUUCACUGAAAGCAGUGAUGCAGUUCAGAACAAACUAAGCCACAAUUGGUAGCAGCUUGAUCUUAUACCUGUCUUUUGUUAAAGGAAUAAAUCUAGACAUUGAAAGAUGAGCAGAUUCAGAUGUAACAUAUUGUGUUAUAUAGUGAUGACUGAUGCAACCUUGUCUGUUUGUUGACAAA